AUGGGUCUUCUGGCGGACAUUCUGCUGCAUCCGGGCGAGCUGCUGCCGCUGCUGCGCGUGCGCAGGGAGGCCAAGGCGCUGGCCACACAGACAUACGACGACGAGGAUCUGGCGUUCUGCUACCGCAUGCUCAACCGCCUCAGCAAGAGCUUCGCCUUUGUCAUUCAACAGCUGCCCGCCGCUGUCCGCCACGCUGUACGCCUGGCCCCCUCCCGCCUCUCCCGCCUCUUCGGCCCCUCCCGCCCCUCCUGCCCCUCCCGCCCCUCCCGCCUCCUGCCCAUCCCGCCUCUUCUGCCUCUCCUGCCCCUCCCGCCCCUCCCGCCUCCUGCCCAUCCCGCCUCUUCUGCCUCUCCUGCCCCUCCCGCCUGCCUCUACUGCAUCUCGUGCCUUUUCCGUCGAUUCAAAUGGCUCCCACUCUUCAUCUUCACCGCGACCUGUGUUGUGUCCUCCCGCCGCUCGUGCCUGCUUCCUGUGCUUUCCCACCUUUCGCCUUCCUUCCCACGUCCCUUCCCAUCCCCCCCCCCCGCCCUCCCCCCCUCCUCCCCCCCCUCUCUCCUACUCUCCCCCGGGUCCCCUCUCCGCCCCUUCCUCCCUCCCACCCUACCCUCUUCCGUUUGCUCCCCCUCUCACCCCCCCAGCCCCUCCCCUCCUUUUCCCUCCCUCCCUCUCACCCUCCUUCCAUCUAACCGUUCCCUCCCUCCUUCCCUCCCCCUCUCCCACCGUGCCUUCGUCCCUCCCUCCCCACCACCUACCUCUCCCCCUCUCUCGCUCGCUCCCUGUCUCGCCUCACCUUUCUCGCCGCACCUGUCUCACCUCAACUUCUCUCCCCUCAUCCUCUCUCGCCUCAUACUUCUCUCGCCCCACCUCUCUGCGUGUGUGCCAGCAGAGGACGACAUGGGGGUGGGCAACGCGGAGAAGAUCCCCAUCCUCAUCGCCUUCCACGAGCAUGUCACCGACCCCAACUGGACCUACGUCUCAUUGCUCUGCAGCAGCAUCUACCGCGUGUCAAGCUGCCUCGCCUCGCCGCGGGACGAAGGACUUUCGGAAGCUAAUGCAGCACCUGCACCACUUGCGCCGGGCGCUCGAGAAACUCGACCCAAAGUGAGGGAGCGAGUGAGGGAGCGUGUGAGGGAGCGAGUGUGGGAGCGUGUGAGGGAGCGAGUGAGCGAGCGAGUGAGGGAGCAAGUGAGGGAGCGAGGUUGGUGGUGCUUCUCCUCCCUAUGCAUGGUUGACUCCUCUGUCAUUGCUAGGUACCGCAUGGUCAUCCUGGACAUCACCAAGCGCAUGGGGGCGGGCAUGGCCAUGUAUAUCACCGCGGAGGUGGAGACGGAGCAGCAGUACCAGGACUACUCUACUGCUACUACUUCAAGCCACGGCUUCUCGAUGCUUCCACGUUCCUGCUACCAUCGCAACCACCCUCCUGCCCCUCUUUCCCGGCUUCCCCUCCUUCCAUUGGCCCCACAGGUGGAGACGGAGCAGCAGUACCAGGACUACUGCCACUACGUGGCGGGGCUGGUGGGCAUAGGGCUAUCAGCCAUCUUCCACCACUCGGGCCUCGAGCCGCUGGCAGACGAGGGCCUAUCCAACACCAUGGGACUCUUCCUGCAGAACACCAACAUCAUUCGCGACUACCUGGAGGACAUAGAGGAGGAGCCGGCUCCGCGCAUGUUCUGGCCGCGAGCCGUGUGGGGGAAAUACGCUCAGCAGCUCGAGGACUUCAAGGACGUGGAGGCGAACGGCGCAGCAGCAGUGCAGUGUCUCAACGACAUGGUCACUAUCGCCCUCUCCCACGCGCCUCACUGCCUCUGCUUCCUCGCUCAAGUGCACGAUGCCCAGAUUUUCAGAUUCUGGGCUAUUCCCCAGGUGACGCCCUCCCCAGGUCUAGCUGCUAAGGUGAUGGACCAGACGUGGAGCAUGGCAGAUGUGCGGGCCUUCUUUCACACCUUCGCAUUGGAGCUCCUUGCAAAGGUGCACGACACAGACCCAAAUGCCCAGGCAACACGAGACAACCUGGCAAAGAUCAUCUCGCUGUGCAAGCCAGGGAAGAAGGUGGCAGGAGUGGAGGGGCUCCAAGGGGCCAUGAUUGGGGGUGGGGGUGGAAGCAUGUCUCUCUCCUCCACCACCAGUGUCAUGUGGCACGUAGUGUUUGCUCGAUUUCCGUCCCUCCUUCCGUUCUGGGAAACACCCUCCGCGCACAUCGCGCCUUUCAUCUCCUCCCUCCGCCUCCGGCCCCGUCUUCACACCCUAAACUUCGACGCAGCGGGCAUGGGCGAAUACUUCUGCGAACCCUGUCGCGCAGCCGCGCAGGCCAUAGUUGCGGGGGGCGACGACAACGCCGCCGCCGCGGCGUCUGCGGCUGCGGCGGCAGCGGCGGCGGCGGCGCUAGCGGCGGGCGUGGCGGCGGGCGCGGGAGUGGCGGUGUCGCCCGGGCAGAAACGGGCGAGGCGCAAGUCGACCCAAAAGGCUUCUCUCUCGGACGGCGGCCAAUCAGAUGCCGCGUCUGACGCCGACAAUCCCGAGGCUCCAGGCAGCCACACUACAUCCGUGCAGGCAGUCAGUCGCAGGCUGACACGUGCCGAGGCACAGAAGCUACAGCGGAUGCAACAGGGGGGGGCUACAGCUGGGGAGGGCGAGGAGGUGGAGGAGGAAGAGGAGGGGGAGGGAGAGGAGGAGGAGGAAGGCGGGGAAGGGGGAGAAAGGGGGGGAUUUGCAGAGGAGCAGGCAGGAAGGUUAAUUGCUGGGGGAGGUGGUAGUGGUCAUGUUGGUCAAGAAGGGAUGGGAGGGAUGGCAGUAGGAAUGGGAGUGGAGAUGGGUAUGGGAAUAGGGGAGGUCGAGGGCAUGGGCAUGGGCAUGGGGAUGGGCAUGGGAAUGGGUAUGGGGGAAGGCAUGGAAGGGGCUGAGUUUAGCAUGUAUCAUGUUCUGGAAGGGUGGGAAGCUGGGCUGGAGGGCAUGACUGUGGUCCCAGGGGCUGCUGCUCCUGCCGCUGGUGUUGCCACUGCCGCAGCUGCUGCUACUACUGCGGCUGCUGCUGCGAAUGCUGCUGCUGCUUCUGCUGCUGCUGCUGUUGGGGACGGCAUGGGCUUGGCAGUGCCGGGGGGGGAAGUGCCUGGCGCUGUUGACGCGGGUCUGGGCGCAGGGCAGAUGAAUAUGGGAGGAGGCGCUAAUGGCGAUGCGCAUAAUGCCUUGGGUGGGGACCAGCAGCAGCAGCAGCUGCAGCUGCAGCAGCAGCUACUUCAGCAGCAGGUGCAGCAGCAGGAGCAGGUGGAGCAGCAGCAGCAGCAGGCGCUGCAGGAGCAGCAGCAGGAGCAUGAAGGGCACGGGCAGCCGUUUUCUGUGUACGACGCUGUUGCUGCUGCCGCUGCGUCUGCUGCUCUGCCAGACGACACAGUGCAGUCUCCCACACACACUCCACGUCCACUGCAGCUGCAGCCCCCAGUGGACCCAGCAGCAGCUGCGGCAGAUGCGGCCGGGGCGAAAGGUGCUCUGAAGCGCACAGCAGAUGACAUGAUGAUGGGCGGCAGCCGAGGAAUGGAUCCUGCUGCAACUGCCACUGCUGCUGCUGCUGCUGGUGCGGCUGGUUCUGGUGCCGGAGGGGUCGAGGGGGCGGAUCCUGGAAUGCCUGCCCCGGCAGCAAAGCAACCGCGAUUUGAAGCUCCGGCCUCGGCUCUCCACGCUGCUUUUCCUGCCAUUCCACCUGCUGCGUCUCCCACCCUGGCUCCUUGCGGGGCAGUGGCGGCAGACAGGGGAGGGGCAGGCGGGGAGAAAGCAGCCCUUGCCUUCGCACCUUCCCCUCUCGCUGCUGCACCUGGCUCUGUUACAGACGCAGCCGCAGCCGCAGCCGCAGCCGCAGCCGCUGCAGCAGCAGCAGGUGGAAGUGCAGCAGCGGUGCCAGGAGCAGUGGCAGCAGGGGCUAUGGCUCCUGGACCACAACUGGUGGCGGUGACUAUGCCAGUGCUGUCUGGUCCUCCUCUCCCCACAGGUACCAGCACUGCCAGCGGCGUUGCUUCUACCGCUGCUGGUGCACCCGCCACUGCUGCUGUGCCUCCUGCGAUGCCCGCCAUACCUCUCCUGCGCGUUCCUGUGUUCUAUGGAAAGCCGCAGCUUCUGCCCUUUGCCAUCCCGCCUCUCCCUGCCUUUGCUGGCGCCACUGCUGCUCCUGGGCUAGCGCCCCCCGUUCCUUCGCAAGUUUCGCCAGGUGUUCCGCCAGGUGUUUUCCCAGGUGCUCCAGGUGCCGCCCCAGGUGCUAUGCCAGGUGGCGUGAUGGCUGCAGUGCCGCCUGCUGCUCCCCCUGGGGUAGGGCGAAGCGGGGCAGGAGUAGCGGUGGGGGGAGUGGGAGCAGGGGCGGUGAGCAGGCAAGGACAGGGAGCAGGGAAGGGAGCAGCAGCGAAGAGUGUCAUGCGGACAAGGCAAGGGACAGCGGCGGCGGCUGCUGCAGCAGCUGGAGGUGGCGGUGGGGGUUUGUCUGGUGCUGCUCUGGGAAAGCUACAGCUGCAGCAGCAACAGCAGCUGCAAUUUCAGCAGCAGCAGCAACAGCAGCUGCAAUUUCAGCAGCAGCAGCAGCAACAGCAGCAGAUGGGGCAGGACGGCGGGCCCCCGCAACCGCACACCAAAGCAUACUACCAGCACCACUCGCGCAUGCGCACCGGCAGCGGCAGCAACGCGGGGCCGCCACCAACAGGCGCAGCCCACGCCUUCCCUCUCGGAUCCCUCUCUCGAUCCGCUUCUGGCGGGUCAGCAGCAGCUGCGGCGGCUGCUGCGGCAGCAGGGGGAGUGGCUGGUUCUCCUGCGUCGCCGCGCACUGCUCCUCUGAAGGGCCCGGGGCAGCGGAGGAACUCGGCAGGGCAGGCAGGGGCGCGGGCGAGAGGGCAGGAGAAGGGUGCAGCAGGGGCGGGAGGCGGGGGCGGAGGGGGCCGGGCGGGUAGCGGGCUGGCUGGGAGCAGCCCGAGAGGAGGAGGAGGAGGAGGAGGGGGUGGAGGGGCGAUGGUGGUUGCGAGAAGUGGUAGUGGUGGUGGUGGCGGUGGUGCUGCUGGUGCUAUGACUGGAUCGCCUUCGGACAUUGCAACGCGGCAGAGGUUUCGGGACUCUGUGGCUGCUGCUCUCUGCAUCGGCUUGCUGGAAAUGGCUGCUGCUUCUGCAGAAGCUGCUUCAAAUGCUGCUGCUGCUGCGUCUGCAGUGGCGGCUGCUGCUAUGGCUGCUUCAAAAGGAAAAAUCCAAGGAAAAGAAGAGGCAGGUGGUAGCAAGCAGUUAGAAGGGGUUAAGACGGAGGAGGAGAGGGGGGAAGAGGCGAAGUUGCUUCCUGCUCCUGCCAGUGUUGCGGCCCUAGAAGGGAAAGUAGAGGGGGGUGUGGGAACAGAUUCGAGAGUGAAGAGCGAAAGGGAGGAGGAAAAGGCUGGUGAGUUGACGGCACCAGUUGCAGAGAUGACCAGGAAGGUUGUUAAGGAGGAAGAGAAGGGUCAGAGGGGGCAGGAGCAGGACGAGAAGGGGAAGGAGGAGGGGAAAGUGGAGGUUGGAGCUGCAGGUGGAUUUCUGGUGAAUGGAGUGAAAAGGGAGGCAAUAGUGCAAGGAGAGACGGGAACAGUAGGGUUGGUUGCUGCAGAGGGGCCUCACACUCCAGGUAAGGAGGGAGAGACGAGAGAGAAGCAAGGAGGGGCAGUGAAGGCGGAAGAGAUGGAGGAGGAUGUGGUAGAGGUGAAGGGAGGAGAAGGGAAGGGAGGAGAGGUAAAAUACGAGGUUGCAGUUGAGGAGGGGGAUGCGAGAGGUGUUGAACUCGGUGCACAGGUGUUGAAAGAGGAGGAAGGAGGUGGAGGGAAGGGCAAGGGAGAGGAGGGAGGAGCGGAGCCUGCAGCUAAAGCGGAUUCAGACGUGGUUGAAGUGCCGUGUUCUGUGCCUGCGGUAGAGGGUGGAGAGGGGGAGACAGGAGCUGGUAACGGGGGGGCUAAUAAGGAGGACAAAGGUGGGGUGGGUGGAGGAGUAACAGUACAGGGAGGAGAGGAUGCAGGGGGGGAUGUGGAGAUGAAAGACGCAGUGGUGGGGAUGGGGGUGGGUGGAGCGGGAGGAGUGAUGGGGGCGCAGGAGAAGGAGAUGGAUGAUGAUGUGCGCGCCAAAGCUGACGCCCUCGCAGCCACAAUCGAAGACGAGCUCUUCCGACUCUUCCGAGGAGUGACUAAAAAGUACCGCGACCGGGCUCGAUCUCUGCUCUUCAACUUGAAAGACCCGAGCAACCCAGAGCUCCGUGGGCGAGUAAUCUCAGGGGACCUGCCCCCUAGAGAGCUCUGCCAGAUGACUGCAGAGCAGCUGGCUUCUAGAGAGCUGUCUCAGUGGCGAGAGGCUAAGUACCAGGAGCAUGCGGAGCAGACGGUGUUGACAGAAGAAGAUUCUGAUGCGCUGAUGCGUGUGGUGAAGAAGACGCAUAAGGGAGAGGUGGAGGUAGAGUUGCCUUCGCUGGCGGAAGAGGUUUCGGCGCCUGUGGUGGCUGCUGUGGGGUUGAAUGGAGGGAAGAGAGGAGGGAAGGGCGAGGAGGAGGGGAGAGGGAGGGGUGGGAGUGGUGUGGAGGGAAAAGGGGAGGGGGAUGGGGGCGGAGUGGGUAGUGGGCGGAAGGAGAGGGAGAGAGGGGACGGUGGGGGUGGUGUGAAGAGGGAGAGGGAAGCGGAUGGGGAGGGGAAGGGGAGUGGGGAGAUUAUGAGCUGGGAGAAAUGGAGUGCGAUGAGGGGUGGUGGGGGAGGGGAUGGGGAGGAGGAGUGCGACAGGGGGGUGGAGGGUGAGGAGGAGCAGCGGGGAGGGGGGAAACGGCUGGCUGUUGAAGGUAUUCGGCGCAGGAGUUACAGUGGUGUGGGCGGUGGGGGUUCAGGUGGAUUGGAAGAGGAAGGGAUUGGAGAGUUGAUUGCACGAGUCACAGGCAGAGACAGAUCGGGUUCAGGGGAUGGGCGGGAGGGACGGGAAGGGAGAGAAGGGCGGGAGGGCAGGGAGAGAGGCGGAAAGGCAAGAGUGGGAGCAGAGGGGAGAGGGUCAGGUGGGAGUGGGGGAGGUGGAAGAGUGCUGGGGAAGGCAGGGUCGUUGGGGGGUGACGGGGAGAAAGUGCAUGGCGGGAGGCAUGGGAGGGAUGUGAAAGAGGAGGGCAAGGAAGGGAGAGUGGAUGGUGAAGGGGGAGGGGGAGGAGAUGGAGGACGGAGUAGGGACGGCGGAAAGGGGGUGAAGGAAAAGGAGAGAGCAGAAGGCAGGGCGAGAGAAGGAGGAGGAGGGGAGAAGGCAGCCGAAUGGGGGCUAGCAUCAAAGGAGAAAGAGAGGGAGAGGGAGGUGGAGCUGGGUGCAGCAGCAGCAUCUGCAGCAGCGUUUUGGGGGGGAGUGACGGAGGGUGCAGUGGAGGAGGUGUGGUCGCAGGCAGAGGAGGAAGCCAAGGCCCUGGCAGUGGGGCAGGACAUAUGGGAGGGCGGGCUGCAGGUCACGUCCUCACGCAUGUGCCCCAUCCGCGCCUUCCGAGUCAGUGGCGACAGCAGUGUGGACGUGGGGCGCUUUGAGGCGGUGGUGGAGGUGAAGGGGCGCGUCAAGAUGUCAGACUUCGCCACCUUCCUCUCUGCCCUGCGCACCGCCCGCUCUAGAACCGUCGUGGUGCGCACUCUUACUCUUUGUUUCACUCUCACAUCCUCUCCUCCUCUCCUCCUCUCCUCCUCUCUCCUCUCUUCCUCUCUCCUCCCCUCUCCUCUCUCCUCCCUUCUCCUCACUCCUCCACUCCGUUUCUCUCUCCACCACUCCCCUCCUCUCUCCUCCCCUCCCCUCCUCUCCCGUCCUCUUUCCUUCUCUCUCACCCACUCCCUUCCGCCCCCCUCCACUCUCGGCCACUCUCGCCCACUCUCCUCCACGCCCCACUACCCUUCGCGCCUCCCGUCCUCCCCCCACGACUCUCCUCUACUUGCGCUCACGCCUCUUCUCUUUUCCCUCUCCCUCUCUUCCAUCGCCCCAACUCCCAGUCAUGUUUCCUCUCAUUACCCACUCGGUGAAAUCCAUUUCUCCCCCAUCUCUCCAUCACCUCCUCCUCACUUCCCCCUCCUCUCUCCCUCACACACCUUUCCUUAUCCUCCUCUUACCUUCCCCUGCCCUUUCUACUCCACCCCACCCGUCUCCCUAUCUUCUCACACCCACCUGUAUGCCCCAUGCGAGCAGGCAGCAGAGCAGUACCUGGAGAGCAACAGGGUGGGCUUUGCAGAGCCGUGCAAGGGCACAGAGCUUUACCUGCUGCCCGUGGGCAGCGAGGGGGAGAACCUGCUCAGAUCCAACGGGUUUCUGCCCAAGCAGGCACUACCGGCUCCGCCCGCUGCUGCUCUGCCUGCUGCUACGGACGUGGCUGCUGAUGCUGCUGCUCCUGUUCCCGGUGUUGCUGCAGCUACCCCUGCUGCUGCUGCUGCUGCUGACUCUGCAGCUGGCUCUGCUGCUGCCACUGCUGCUGCCACUGCUGCUGCCACUGCUGCUGCUACAGAAGCAGGACCAAGUUCCAAUACGGCUGCCGGUCCCGGUAUUGCGGGAGUGGCUGGUACUGGUAGUGACAUUGCUGCUGCUGCUCCUGCUGCUGCUGCUGCUGCUGUUGCUGCUGCUGCAGAGGUGGUUGAGAACGCACAGAAGGCGGAUAAGGGGGCUAAGGUAAAGGAGGAGGUGAAGGUGGAGACACAAGAUGAUAAAGGCACAACCUCUGUGGGUGCUGCCACUGGAACAGACGAAUCAGCUACAGGGCAGGCUGUUAAGGAGGAACCAGCGGAAGCAGGAGUGGUGAAGGAGGAAGAAGGUCCAGCAGAGACACCAGGCGGAGCAGAGGCGCCUCUAAGGGAUGCUGUGGUGGUAGGAGAGACAGGGACCGUUGGAAUGGAUGCGGAGGGAGAAAAGGCGGAAGGAGCAGGGGAUGUUUCUGCCGCCGCUGCUGCUGCUGCGGAUUCUGCUGCUGCCGUUGCUGCGGCAGUUAAUUCCACAGAUGCAGUGGGUGCAGGAGAGGCAACACUGACUGGUGUGGAGAUAGUAGGGGAAGAGGCUGGGGCACCAGGAGUGAGUGAAGAGAGAGGAGAAGCAGCAGCAGCAGCUGCAGGAGGGGAGGUCAGUCCUGCAACCACUGCCAUCGCCACUGCAGACACCACACCACCAGAAGCUGCACCAGCACGAUUGGCAGCAGCACCACCAGAAGCAGCAGCAGCAGCAGCAGCAGCAGCAGCAGAAGCAGCACCAGAGUCAGCGGCAACAGCAGCAGCAGUUGUCUCUGCCGGUGCACCUGUUGCGCCAUCCGCCCCAGCACACACUGCACCUCCUGCCACAGAGACUCCUGCAGGUAUGGGUACUGAGGGAGAAACCAGUGGAGCUCGCACUCAGUCAGAGCAUGGGAAAGAGCCGACAGACUCUGCUCUUGUGACUCCUGAAGCAGCCGGAGAAGCAGGAGCGGCUGGAGGAGCAGCGGAAUCAGCAGCAGCAGCAGCAGCAGCAGCAGCAGCAGCAGCAGUAGGAGGAGGCUCAGAUGCAACUGCACUGAUUGUUUCAGGGACCGUCUCUGCAGCAGCCCCUACUGCUGGUUCUGCUCUGACUCCCUCGCCUGGCUCAGCCUCUCUCAGGUUCUCCUCAUCUGCUGUUGCGUCGCUGACAGCUGGGGAGCGUGUGCUUGCUCUUCCUGCGUCCGCUGUGGGGCAGAGGGUGCUAGGCCUGCUAGUGCAGCGAAAGAGCACAGCACAGGUUAUAGCCGCUGCUGCUGCCGCCGCUGCAGCUGCUUCUGCGUCCGCUUCUGCUGCCACCACCCAUGCUGCUUCGGCUGGCCCUGAUGCUGCAGGUGCUGCGACCGUUACCUCUGCUGGGUACGGUAAGGUCAGUAAGCGGGAAUCGGGCUACAAGGUGGAUGAUUCAGCAGCUGCAGCGGCGGCUGCUGCAGCCGCUGCGGCCACUCGAGGCCUGUCAACUCAUUCCUCCAAGGCUGUAGCAGCAGCAGAGUCCCCAGCCAAGUUCCCUCCAUCAGACGCCGUACCCCCACACGCACAUCGGCAGGAGGAAAAGCCAGAGAGGUUCCGGCAUGGCGCAGGGCACGGGCGUGAGUACGGUAGAGAGAGGGACCGCGAGCGGGAGCGGGAGCGGGAGCGGGAGUACGGUCGGGAGCACGGGUACGGCUCGUUCAAUUCAGGUCAUGGGCAUGGGCCUUCACCUGUUGCCCUUCGCCGCGCAGGCAGCAGUGGGGGCAGUGGUGGUGCCAGUGCUGGUGGUGGGUACGGAGCAGGGGUUGCACAUACCCCUCCUGCCCCACGCUCCCGCCCUCCCAUGUCACCUGCUGCUGGACCGAAAUCAGGUCCUAUGGCUGCUGUGUCUCCCCGCCUGCCAACGUCGCCCACACCUUCUUCUGCAGGGUGGGGUGGCCGAGAGAGGCGAGAGGAGAGGCGGCGAAGGGGGCGCGAGUGGGAUGAUGGUAGUGAUAGGCACCCGGGCGGGGCUGGUGCUGCUGGGAGGGGUGUUGGUGUUGCUGGUGGGAGGUUGGGAGGAGGAGGAGGUAUGGAUGAUGAUGAUGAUUUACCUGAGUUUGAGUUUGAGCAGCCGGUACUGCCACAGCAGCAGCAGCAGCAGCAGCAGCAGCAGCAGAGUGAGCCGUCUCUCCCUCCUGGCUUCUAUUCCGGCAGCCCCGCUGCUGCUCCCGCACCAGCUUCUGCUUCCAUUCCUGCUGCUCCUCUCGCUGCUGCUGCUGCUCCCAUCUCUUCUGCAGGCGCCUCUACUUCUGCGCGCACUCCUCCGAUGGUUGCCCCUGAUGCUGCUGCAGCGGCUGCAGCUGUGGUUGCAGGCGGUUUGCCCAGUAAUCUGGCCUCUGCUCUUGCUGCCGUAGCUCCUGCCCUCGCGUCCCUUGCAGCUCUAACUUCUCUGCAAGGAUCUAAUCAGCAACAACAGCAGCAGCAGCAGCAGCAACAGCAACACCCCGUCGCACAAUCACUUACCAUGGCAACUCAAGACCGCACAAGCUCAGUUGCUCCGCCUUCCUUCACCCCUUCUCAGCCGUUCAUCCCACAACCGGUCCGGUCGCGUCCAUUCCCCCUGCUGUGCCUGCGGCGGCGCCUAUCCCUGCCCAGGGAGGUAUGGUCCCAGGACCUGGAAUGGGGAUGGGAGCAGGCAUGGGUGGUGGAGGAGGUGGACCUGUAG